UUGAAGAUCUGCAAGCCGGACGCAGGAUGGGCCCAAGCACGUGGGGCCUCGCAGCCGCGUCGAUCGGCGCCGUGCUGAGCGCACUUGUCGACGCGCUCACGUCGACCGUGCGCUUCCAGCCCCUGCCACCUGGGACCUUUCUCUCGACCUUGGAAGACACACCGCUCAACAUCACGAGCCUCGCACUCGCCGGUGUCGCCAGCGACGCGAUCUUGCACGUGCUCGUGGCCUGUACGCAUGGCACACUCGGCAGCAACGACGCGAGCGCCUGGGUUAGCGCCCGGACCGUGUGCGCCAGCCCCACGUCCUUUGUCAUUGAAACCACGCUCUCCAACGCCAAUGCGAUUAUGAAAACCCUCGUUUACACGCCAAAUGCCCACUACAACUUUGACUGGUCGUCGGGUCUAUCGUCGCCGUGUGUGCACCGGGACCAGUCGCCCGAGACAGUGUACUUCUUCGCGGUCGAGGCUGCCGCGCCCACCAAUGACGCACUGCUAGCGUCUUGUGGCGACCCUCUCUCGCCGUCGACGGUGCGCCACCUGGUCCAUCGGUAUCCGUCCAACUACGUGGCCAUCCCCGUGUCGAUUGUGGCGGUCAACAAUCCUCCGAGCCUGGCUUUACCAACGGGUGUCGACAUGGCACCGGCGUCGUGCACGUUUUUAGAUAUCGUAGCAACAGACUUAGACGUCGACGAAGUCGCCAACGGAGCGGGUAUGCUCACGUUCUCGAUGAGUGUGCCGGCGUCCAGCGCGCAAUACCUUGCGUUUGCCUCGUCGAGCUUGGUGCGACAUCAACUCCAAGCCCUCUCGAUGGCAACCUUGUCGUACAACAGCGUCAAUACGACCGUCUCGGCCAUCGUCGUCCAGGGACCGGUGGCGGGCGUGAACGCCUGGCUUCGAGAUCUCUCCUUGUGUGUGCCGCCCCAAGUGACGUCGGCGUCCUGGACGCUAAGCAUCGCUGACAGUGGCAACUGCGGCAGCUCGAGUAGUGCGACGGCAACGUACUCGAUCGCAGUGUCGAUCACGCCGACGAUGAUGCCCACACCGGCACUGACCGUCACGACGCCGACGCCUACGCUGGUCAUGACGGAUCCUACGGUCGCUGUUCACCUCGGGCUGCAAGGGACUGCAGGGCAGGCUACACACUCGUCCAUUACGUUUGCUUCGCAGUUUGGAUACAUUGGUGUCCCCACCUUGCCGCCCGACGUAGCAAUCGGCGACGACCGGUACAUCACCGACGUCUCACUCCACUCGACCGGUAUCGUGGCGCAGGAGCGCAUCACCGUGUCCUCCACCUUUACAAAAGAAGUGCAGCUGCUCCGAACAACCGCGGACACCGGGAGUACUAUCGUCGAAGCCGUCGUCGUUGUUAGUUUGACGUACCUUGGCACGACGACGUCUGCUGUCGUCGACCUCACCGACGAGUUUGGCUCGGCGACGGCGGUGGCCAAAGCGCUUCAAUCCGAGCUGACCAAUGCCGGCGACAUCGCCGUAUCGCGAAGCCCGCCGGAUGCCCAAGGGGGGUGCACGUGGAGCAUCACGUUCACGUCCUUGUCUGGAUCGACGAUUCCGCUGUUGCAAGCCACAGUGCAGAGCUUUCCGGCGCCGUGGUCGGGCGUCGGCAGCCCCGUGACGAUCGUACGUGCCACCGCCGGGUCGUUGAUUCCCCCCGUCGUGGUGGUCACCAUUCCGGAUGCCACGGUGCAGAGCGGUACGUUUGAGCUUUCCGUCGGCGUCGACGCGGCCUGCAACGGCGCCACGUCGGCGUCGUUCGCGACCAAUCCACUGCCGUUCAACGCCCUGGCGACGGACGUUCAGGCGGCGCUUACCCAAGGUUUCAUCGGCACCGUCGUCGUUUCCAAAGUCGCGUCGUUCACAUGGCACAUAACCUUUGUCGCCAACACGUAUGUCGACUGCUUGGCAGGCGUCGUCGUCGUCCCGCAGUUCCGUGCUGGCACUGGCGCGCACUUGUGCAGUACGUGCCAAACCGGGAUUCCGUCCAUGACGGUGCAGACGCUUGCCGUCGGUAGCAAGGCCGUCUUGCCGACAGAUACGUGGCAGUGGACGGCGCUGCUGAACCCGCCACGCAGCGUGUCCCUGCCGUUGCUCACGAGCCCAUACGCGGUCCAGCAAGCGCUUUAUACGAUCGGUGCGACAGCCGAGGUUUCGACGAGCGACUGCGUGGCACCGACGCUUCAAUGCACGUGGACGAUAAGCUACAAUGGAGCCCCGCUUGAAGUCUCACUUGGUCCGACGACAGGUGCGCUGCAACUGCAACACCGCGUGCUGAGCCAAGGGCGACAACCGCUCGCAACACCGUGGACGCUACUCACCAACACGAGCAGCCGUACCGGCAUCUCUGUUCAUAUUUCGGACGCACGGCUCACGCAAUUGGUGGCGUCUUUGGUCGAUGACGCGACGGCAACAACGAUGACGCUUGCGCGUGACGCGUACGAUGUGACGUGGCGGCUUUCGUCGGCACGAUCAAAGCAUGUUUCGGUGACGACCGAGUCGUUGGCCACUGUCGAGGUUCACACAACACCCGAGCUGCAAGCCGUGCAAUCGGUGCCGGGGCAAGAGCACCACCUGGUUGUGCGACUUCGUAAGACACCGGCACUGGACAACGUCAUCGAGCAGGUGGCGCUGCAGUGCAAUGCGAUUGGCGGAUCGUUUACGAUGAAAUUUCGCGGUGUCACGUCGGCACCGAUACCGACGUCGAGUACGUUGGCGCAGCUUGCCGAUGCGCUUUCGGCGAUGCCGACGCUGCCCAAUGUGUUUGUGCCGUCGUCGUCGUCGGCAACGGCGUCCAUCUGCGGCAAUACCGUCGUACCCAUCUGGUUGAGUACACCAACCAUCGUGCAGUUGAGCGUCAGCGCCACGGUGCAGCCCGCCAUCCAGACACUCCAGCUGACCGUACCGCUACCACCGACUGGCAGUGUGACGGUCUUUGCGCAAUGGACGUAUGCGGGUGCGACAACGACCGCACCGCUGGUGCUCAUACCGACGGCGACAACGUCGUCCGCAUCGGCGCUGCAGCAGCAACUGACGGCGGCGUUUGCAACCAUCGGUGACGUGAUCGUGACGCCGUCGGCAUCGACGCACAACGUCCUUGGUCAGUUCACGUGGGACAUCACGCAUACGUCGCUGCAUGGACCCGUGAUACCACUAGUCGUGCUCAACACUUCGGUCGUCGGGUCGACGGCGACCGCGACACUGCUUCAGCCUGGAAACCGGAGCAAUGCGGUCGCGACAGUCGUAUCUCGCAACGAUCAAGUACCAUUCAUGGGCACGUUCCGGCUUCAAAUGACCAACGCCAUAUCCUCCUGGACAUCGACGCAGCUUGCAUGGCAAGCCUCGGCCACCGAUCUUCAGCUUGCACUUCGCAGCAUCCCCGCGCUGGGCGCCGUGCGGGUGACAUCGACCGCCGUCUCAACGACUGAAACCCACUGGCAAAUCACGUUUUUAACGUCGGCGGCGGCGUGGACGGUGGCGGUGCUCUGGAACGACGGCCGGUCCGUGCAAUCUUGCGCCGACUGUGUGACACCGACGUAUCCGUACACGCUCACCGCAGAUCCGCAGCUGCACGUCACGACGACGCCCCCCGAUGCCGCGUUCGACGGUGCCUUCUCAGUGUGCUACAACGGAGGCGCCACCGAUCCCUUGCCGCUGCGGGCGUCAGCAACAACGGUUGAGAGUGCGCUCAAUGCCCUCCUCUCGGGUGCACAGCAGGUGGUCGUGACGGCCUUGCCGACGACCAGUUACGCGCAGCAGUGGCUCGUUACGUUUCUCUCGCUCAACCCAACACCGCCACUCACAGUUGAUACGACUAAUGUCUCUGGCUCGGGCGUCCACGCAUCGAUAAACGUUGUUCAGAGCUCAAAAUCCGGGGCCAUCGGCAAUGUACCGCCGCUCACGCUGGAGCGCUUGCCAUCGCUGGUGUUUCCCGACCCCAUCACGGCGGUGCUGCGCGUCGCUACGGUACAGAACGGGUCCCACGCUCUAGCCGCGCCGUACCAAGCGCUGCAACUAUGUAGCACAUGCCUGCUCCAGUCGGCUCAACAGACGCUACAGUUGACGAGUACGGUGCCUAUGGGCGGCAACUACCAAGUCUCACUGCUUGGGGCAUCCGUCAUGAUUCCAAUCACCGCAAGUCAGAGCCAAGUGCUGCUGCUGCUCAACACACUCACUCGCGUCGUGUCGGUGGUCGUGACGGCAACCGUCGGACUCAGCUACCAGUGCGUCGUCACCUUUGACCCGAUUGCAGGCAUCGUACCCAAACUGAGCGUCUCGGUGGCUGCCGUCACCGGUGCCAACGUCCAAGCGUCCGUCGUUGUCAACGCUGCCGGGAACGCUGUUGGCGGGACCUUUGCGGUGCGCGCAGGUGGUCGCACGACACAUCCGGUGGCGGUCCAUGCCGACGCGGAAGCUCUGCAGCGAACGCUUGGCGCUCUUCUCGGCAGCGAGACAACGGUAUUUCGGUCGGCGAGUCCAACGAUUCCGAACGGCUACUGCUGGGCGAUCACGUUCUACCCCGACGUAUCGAUCGACGUCGAUGUUGUUCGGGGAUGUGAUCCAACACCGAUGGCCGCUUGCGGUCUCACUGGCGCCGGCGCGGACAUCCAGCGUAUCGAGCUUCAACAUUUGGAGCCGCCAGACAGUAUUUCCUUUGCUGAAGGCGACCAGGCAACGACCAGGGUGCCCGUGGGCGCAUCGGCACUCGACGUGCAACGGGCGUUGCAGAGCUUACCGUCGUUUUCAUCGACCGCCGUCGUCAAGGCGCCCAGCGUCCUUAUGGACGAGUGGUACAUAACAAACUACUCGACGCCUGCCCAUCUGCAAGUCGUCGGACAUGGGCUCACGGCGACGUCCGUGUCGGUCGUCACGUUUUACCGCCCACCGCUCCGACUCACGGGACCGAGUUUGAGUCUUGCGGCUAGCGCAGCGCACCUUUGCUACCAGCCACAUCUCGGGCUAUACAACCAUCGUGUCGAUACAAUCGUCAUAACGACAGAGACGGGCACGACGUCAUUGGACGUCAUAGUUCCACCAGCGUCUACGGGCCACCUAGUUGCGAGCGAUCUUCCUCACAUGCUUCUUGUCCCGUUCACGGGCAGUUUGCGUGUGCCCAGUGUGGACCUUCGCUAUGUGGCCUUCGACACGCUCUCGUCGGUGGUCACCGACGUGGCGUUGACAGACAAUGUGUCUGUUUCGGUCCUUGUGACGUCUGGCGUUCAGCUGGACCUGCCAUUCCACAGGAACGCCCACACGUGGACGUACAAUGGGACGCUGGUUGCUGCUGCCGAUGCGCUGCGCCGUCUCCAGCUGCAACGAUCCUCGCCGACAGCCGAUCCCGCCGUCAUUUCAUACCGCGAGAAGGUUGUGCUUGGCGUCUCGGCGGCGCUGACGACCAGCCCACCCGUUGCGCUAACGGUGUCGGCUCCUCAAGGCGCAGUCUCUGGCACGAUGGCCCUCCGCUUUGAUGUCAACGAUAUAGUCGAGGCUUCAUGGUGCACACCGCGGUCGCGCUGCCAGUGCUCAACCGACGCCAUUGCGUAUCCGUUUGAGGCGUCGGUCGUCGAAACCGCAAUCGAAGCCAUGACGACACGCUGCUCGCAAGUGCCGACGCAGCGGAUUCAGACACUUCAGAUGCGAUUUCCAGCGCCGGUAGCGACCGUGCCGCCCGAGGCGAGUGCGUUCUCGCUGCAGUACGCCGGACACACGACCCAAGUGCUCUCGGGGCAGUCGACGCCCAGUGCCGUGCUAGCGGCGUUGUUGGCACUGCCGUCCAUGGCCUCGAUUGUUGGCAAACUGGUCGUGACGACGCGCACUCUGGACGCGUAUACGCUGCAGUACAUCUUUACGUUUGAUGCGUCGCUCGCGUCCGUGGCCCCGUUGACCGUCGCGACGUCCAUGUGGUUUCCGUCCAACAAUACGCUGACGUUGCUGUGGGUACCACAGCCGUCGUUGCGCCUGCAUUUCGCAGCUGCCGUCACGUGCACCGGCAACAGUUGUACGCUGCAGUUUCUCGCGGAUCUCCCAGUUCUCUCGGUCGCGUCGAGCACGCUCACGACCACCGUGGGUCCACCACCGACCGUGACUGUCACCGGUGGGCGCGCAGCCCUCAUGGAUGUCUCGCUCCCGGCGUUUCUGCUCUUGGGCACGCCGUUUCCGUUGCCUACGACGGAAAGUAGAAUGCAAGCGGCGCUUGCUGCCACACUCGGUGACAGCGUCGUUGUCACAAAGAGCACCGAUGCCGGCAUCGUAAGCUGGCAGAUCACCUACAGCGCAGUCGAAGACGCAGUCGAUCCAACGCUCGGCUUUGUCGAUCUCCAGCUGCCCCAUGUCGCAGUGACAAUGACCACCAUCGACCCUGGAGUCGUCGUCGCCUGCAGCAACCUCACGAUCGUUGCAGCCACGACCUCCAACACCGUCGAGCGCUCGAUGCUGCUUCGGUUGGACGUAGCACCCGUUGAUUCCACGAGCAAUGAGCUUGAUACGUUGUCGCCACCUCCUGUCGUAUGCUACAUGACGGUGGCGUCCGGUGGCAGCCUCUUGACAACACUGCCAGGCACCUCGUUGGCCUUGUCGAGCCACAUUCAUCUCGUCUCCAGCACCGCCGACGCCGUCGUCCAUCUCGCCGUCACGACACUGCACGGCAUCGUGUGGGUUGACCCCCCGCACCGAGACCUUGUCGAAUACAUUGCUGGGUCUCCGUUUGGUGAUCAAGCGCUGGAGCUACGUGCGACGGCUUCGUCCCUUGCGCUCGCUUUGUCGUCCCUCUUGUACAAGGCGCCGACGACGUAUGCUGGGAAUGACUCGGUGACGAUCGUCGUCGCUGGCAAUACGACGGUACCGACGGUGCUCUCGGUCGUUGUGGCAGCCAUGGACGCACCGCCAAGCCUUUCUUUGGAGCGCGUAACGUUGCGACUGUACGAAGAUACUGCAGCAUCGCUUCCAAGCUUUAGCAUUGCCCCAUCGCCGUACACACGAGCGAGCUGCGCUACGAGCACCGUCUACAACGUCACGCUGUCAGUGGACCACGGGACACUAAGUUUCUAUGGCUACGAAGCUAGCGCAACGCUGACGUUUCUAGCAUCGGCGCAGAAUGUAUCGGCGAUGGUAACGUCGACGGUGUAUCGCCCGUUGCCCAACUACGCCGGUCUCGACGCCGUCACGAUCGGCGUGCGUCCGAUCUCGUGCUUGGCAUCGACCUCAGGAAUUGAAGCGAGUGCCGUCGUUGCUCUCAUGGUCGAAGCCGUGCCCGACCCGAUUCUACUGAGUCUUGCGGAACCGGCCAACAACACGACAGUAGUACAUGGCGUCGAGGCGGUGCCACUGCCGACUGUGGUGAUCACGGUCGUCGAUGCCACACCGUUGACCACCGAUGUCUUUGUCCGUCUGCAGGUGACGACGCAAGUGGGGUCUGUGACGUUUGGUGCGACGCCCAGUGUGUACACCCCCGCCAGUGUCUACUGCCGUGUAGAGGUCGCUACGAGUCUCUUGGCGGCGCUCUUGUACCGAGGACCAGCAACUGGCAGCGGUAACGACUCGGUCACGAUUCGGGUGUCUGGAGCCGCCGACGUCGACACCUCGGUGCUGGUGCUCCCCGUCAUAUACACGAAUGCGCCACCACCGCUGACUCUGGAAAAGGCUGCCGUUGUCGUCGACGAAGAUGGCACCGUAUCGCUCAAAAACAUUCUGUCGGGUGGCGCCAUGGAUACUAUCGUUGCUGUGCGCACUAGCGUAGGGUGGCUGCGACUGGGAACCACCGAAUCUUCCGAGUGGACCAAAUCUCUGCGUGUACCAAUGUCGCGGGUCGACGAGCUGCUCUACAAGUCCAAUGCCCACUACAACGGGGACGACAGCGUCUCGUUCACGGACACGUCGGGCGUUGGGGUGACGCUGCCUGUCGCGGUCUUGGCGACAAAUGACCCACCAACGCUGAACGGGAAGCUCCAUGUGUCAUCCACGGGCGCACUCUGUGGUCUCCAGAUCGACGACGUGGAUGGCAACGACUACGCCAGCAACAGCUACGUGCUAACUCUGCAGUCGUCAAAGGGGUAUUUUUCAAGCACCGAUGCACCCGGCAUUCGCCUCCGCCCGGUCGCCAACGGCAUGUCGCUGCAAGGAACCCUCGAAGCAAUGAACCGUGCCUUGCGCGACUGCGUCGUUCGCUUGACAACGCCGACACCUGCCAAUGUCACAGUGUGCGUGAAAGAGUACGAAACACUCAUGGCCGACCCGAGCCGACACAACUGCCUCCAAAGUACGCUUGAGAUUCCGCAACGUGCGCCGACGCCACCCGAGCUCACCGCGUCGGCGACACAGGUCACUGUGCUUGAAGAUAGUGCGGUAUCGAUCACGCCGUUCUUCACUGUCUCCAACGUCGAUGACGCUUUUGGUACUGUCACCGCGAUGUUCACUGGCACAACUGGGACCUUUGAUUUGAGCACAAUGGCGCCAUCCGGGUGUGCCACCGUGACUGGCAACAGUGUCACUGGCCGCCCGAGCUGCGUGGCGUCCGCGCUGGCAACGCAGCCGGUCCUGUACCGCCCGGCGGCCAACGUCCACGGUCCUGACGUCAUCACGGUGGCGCUUGGUUCAACGUCCGUGACGCUCUCGGUUUGGAUUCAAAGUGUAAACGACCCACCAGUGUGGCGCGUCAACACGACGGCGUCGGUGUGGCGCGUCGAUGCUGCCAUCGUUGCCUCGCACAUGCUAUCCUCCUACGGCACGGUGCAUCUCGACGACCGCAACGACUCGACGUCCGACGUCAUGUCUUUGACACUGGCUGUGGACCAUGGGACGCUCACAUAUACACUCGUACCGGGUACGUCGCUCCAGAAGUCGGUGUUGCCGCCACGGCUCGUCGUCCAGGGCACAGUCGCACGACUCAAUGUGUUUGUGGCCAGUCUCGAGUACACUCCAUCGCACAGCACCACCGAUGUACUGUCGCUCUCGGUAGUCGAUGGCUCCGUGGUCGUAGCACUGGACAUUGAUAUCCUCGUGGCGUGUUUACCACAGAUCACCGUUGCCACCACUGACGUGGCGGUCACCGUCGGUGCCACGACAGGAAUCGACGGUCUCUCUCUUCCAUUGGCAUGCGGCUCACGGCUGCAAUUGUGGACGCUCGAGCUUACAGCGCUGGCUGGCACGUUGUAUGUGCCGGCGCAGCCGCGUGCGACUCCGUACAUCAAGCUCACACAGUCGUUGCGGGAUCUUGAUGCUUUGCUUCGGCUUUUGCAGUACACGGCGCCCGCGCAGUCGACGACCGAUACCAUUUCGCUUCAGCUCUCCUCCAACGACACGGCGUUGCCGACGACAAAUAUCGUGGUGCAGGUACAACCGCAGUAUACACCACCGACCAUCGUCUGCGCCGCGCUUUCUGAGACAAUUCUUGCCGACGCAGCCGCGACGCAAGCCUUUGGUGACACAUUCCUGCUUCAAGGUGGCAGCGCCGCCACGUACACGGUAGCCGUUUCUGGACGGUCGCCCGUGUACCUGCAGUUGGACCCGACGUCCGCGUCCAUCUCAGCGUCGACGUUUGCUCCGACGACAGAGGUUCACUUUUCGGGCUUGCUACCACACGUCCAAGCAGCACUGAGCAAGUUGGCGGUGCACAGCAACUAUACCGGCGUGCUGCCAACCACGGUCAAUCUAACCGUAACCAUUGCCAGUGUCGAUCCUAUGGCGCCUGCAAUGAACGCGACGUGCAGCGUGGUGGCCGCGAUUGCGCCGACCAACCAUGCUCCAAGAAUCCAAGCACAACCCGGGCGACAGGCGCGGUGCGGCGUUCGCGUUGACGACAUCGAUGUGUCGUCGAAAGGCUGGGCGUCCUUGAUGCGGUGCUCGAUUGCAACAUUGGUCGACGGCGGCUUUGGCAUCGUUGCACAGCUGCCACCGACCGUGCGAUGGGUGAACGAGACGAUGCUGGGACCCGGUCAAUGGCGCGCCUUGACGUUCGAGGCUCCUCUGGAGCACGCCAACUUGCUUCUCGGAUCGGUUCUUCUCAAUGCGACGAGUGGAAGUAUUGAGUAUCGCGUCGACGAUCUCGCCCACGGCACGCUACUUCGCCCCCAUAUCGCGUACCGCACGAUCGAGUGCCGAGGCCAGCGGGUUGGCCCUGUGUCGACGGUUGCCUAUCUAGACAGUAGCAACCAAUCGUGCGCGGCGGGCAACGAUCCUUGCCUACUACAGGGUGUCGACGUGACACCGAUGUCCACCGAUGCAACGUCGGUGCAAGUGUCGGCAACGGCAGUAGUCGGCUUCACACCCUCCAUUCAGGUGGUGCAGACAACCGUUGAUGGCCAUCAGGACCAAGUGUUUGAUGUCGUCGUCGCGACCCCGGCAGCAGGCACCAUCACGAUGCGUGUGACGUGGCAAAGACCCGAUGGGCUCCAAGGACAGACGGCGUUCACAGUGGAUGCGACCGCUGUUGCAACGAUGAUGGAAGAGAUCAGCGGGCUUUCUGCUGGCCAAGGACUUGGCGGUUCGAUGCAGUCGCAAGUGAAGGCGGCACUUCCGACGCCAGCGCCGGCUCGCAUCGAGGUCACGUACGGUCCAUCAAGUCGACAGCACUGGAAGGUGGCCUUUGUGGUCGUUGCCACCGAGCUAUGGACGUUUGACAUGUCUCUGGUCGCCACGACGGGAAGCAUCAGCGUGAGCGUUCAACCGAGUGCGCUCCUAUCGCACAUCGCGGGGUCGUUCGAGCUCCUGUUUCAAGGCAUCCCGACAGCUCCGGUUGCUGCGUCGGCCUCUGCGCUCGACAUGCAGCUGGCGCUCGAAGCUCAUCCGCUGCUGCACCGUGUUGCCGUCACACGAACGCGACGACCCGACACGAGCGGCGGGUUCGCGUGGACAAUCACGUUUCUCGACGCUGCGUACGAUCUCCCAGUGCUAAGUGCCAACACCGCACAGUUGCAACCGCAGCCUGCACCGCUUCUGGGCGCCGGCAAUCGAAUCUAUGGCAGCGCGGCAACAGUGCAUAUAACGUCAUUGCAAGACGGCUACGGAACCCCCGAUGUAUACGACGUGGUGCUGUCGGCGCAGCACGUCAACCCCGUGCUGCAGAUCGCGGUCGUUUCCUCCGCGUCGCGUGUCACGGGCGACUUCUCUCUCCAAGUAGCGUUUCCCAACGGCACACUGCGAGCGUCGACACCGGUGCAGUACAACGCCGUCGCGAUGAUCGCCGACGAAGGCAUCGACACAAGCCUUGGUGGUCGCCCAGGGCAGUCGCUGCAGGCGGCACUCGCGACGAUGCUGCCCGGUGUUGGCUGCCGCAUUCAACGAACCGGCCCCGUGGCUAACGGCGGCUACACGUGGUCCAUUACCCUCUACAAUAGCCCCGCGUCGCUGCCUCCGUUGAGCGUCGUGUCGACCUCGGGCGGGCUACGGGUUGCUGACGUUGUCGUGUCGACGGUGACGGCGGCCAAUGCGCUUGGUGGAACGUUCGUGCUGUCGUAUCGCAACGAGACAUCGGCACCGAUUCCAUAUGAUGCGUCGUCCAGUACCGUGGCGUCUGCGCUUGGACAACUGCCGACCAUCUCUUGCAACGGGCGGGGCCGCCUGCUUGUGCGAGACUCGGACGUCGGGCUAGAGUCUGGUCGAACAUUCUCGGUCGUCUUCUUGGCUCGCUGCCACGAGUCACUCUUCGAGACAGACAUAGCGCCGAUUGUGGUCGAUGGCACAGGUUUGACCGGCCUCGGAGCGUCGGCCGUUGUGCGUUCAACCGUCGCUGCAAGCUACGGCACACUGCGGCUCGCGUCAGAUACAAGUACGCAAUCGCGUUCGGACACGGUGCUGCAGCGCCACGCUGGCCUCGACCUCAUGCUCCAAGGACGACCUCGGUAUUUGAACCCGAUGCUCCGUCAACUGUUGUACACGCCGGACGCGACGUGGUUUGGGACGCUGGAGCUCUACUGGUCGACGUCCGAUGGCGUGUCGAGCUUGUCGUGGACGUCGCCGGCGCCUCAAACAAUCACAGUGCGACCGCCGACGCGCCGCCACAUGAUCGUUACGUUUCACGGCUGCCACGCGCUCGAGGAUAUGCCUCUGACGCUGCAAGCGUUGGCCUUGACGACGUGUCGACCGCCGUAUUCGCUCGUCUCGCUGACACUGGCGACAAAAGUGGGUACACUGCGCUACCGUGACAGCGACGCGACGUCGCAACUGAAUGUGACGACGGCCGUUGCGCGCCUACCGUCCGUGAUGUCCAACGUCGUCUACGCAGCGCCGAUGCAUUUCAACGGCGUCGAACAACUGACGGUGGCGCUCGACGACGCCCCACCCCAAGUGUUUCGCUUCGCCGUGUGGCCCGUCCCCGACGCUCCGUACAUCCACAUCAACGGCUCGGACGACGGUGCGGUGGCAACCGGGGCCUUGCCGCCUGUCGCUUUGACAAUGGACCAAGACACAAUGCUCUUUCUUCCCGGCGCUUGGGUCGAAGACUACGACGACAGUGCGCAGUCGUGGAUGUUUCAAAUUGCAACGACGGUCGGCAGUGCCAAGUGCUUGAACUUGAUGCAAACGAUCGUCGUGACGUCGACACCGACGAUGCUACUGUUUUUAGCGCCGAUCGCCAACGGCAACCGCGCUUUGCAAGCCAUGACCUACACGCCGCCCAAGGGGUACACCGGCGUCGCCACAGUAACGAUCAUCGUGCGCGGCACCACGAGCUUCCUCGAGCACGUGCGACGUUUGGCCAUUACGGUCACACCGGUCGUGACGCUGCCAUCGCUCGCUGUUCGCUCCAGUGUCUACAAGGCGGUCGAAGAUCGAUCGCUGUCGCUACGGUACAUUCAACUCGAGGUCGAAUCGUGGACACCGGCGCAGUACGCAACGACAGCCGCAUCGACUCUGUUUCGAAGCGAAGUGCUGCGACCGGACACGGCCAGUGGUGCAUGGGGCCAACGCGACGACUGGCGUUAUAGCCAAGUACCCAGCUCUGGCAGUAACCCACAGUGGUUCUCAACACUUGGUAACAUCCUCUACUACGCGGCCGACGACCCGGUGGCAGGACGCGAGCUGUUUGGCUCGGACGGUACCCGGUCCUGGCUCGUCGCGGACAUUUAUCCUGGCUACGAAAGUGCGACGCCGACGUCGCUGGCUACGUUCAACGGCCUCGUGCUCUUUGGUGCAUCGGGUCUCGACCUCUCGUGGCAACUGCCGGUGACGACGUACGGCUGCAGCGCAGCGCGGUCCAGUCCGUCGUUCCCAAAUGUGCUUUUCGUUGUCACCAAGACAACUGUGUGGUCGCCGGCGCGGGUGUACGACUGCCCCAUCGGGUACACCUGGAUGAUGACGGCGGAUGCGACCAGUGUCUUCAACACGUCGGCGGUUGCCGUCGACUAUGUCUACUGGAACGAAUGCGGCUGGGACGGCUAUACGUUCCUGGGCGCAACGCGCAAGUCCUUUCGCUUUGCCGACUCGAGCGCCACGGGCGGCAUGAAGCAUGCUGGCCGUCGGGUCGACUAUCCAGUCGAGUACUCGACGGCAACAGCACAAUUUGCUGGCAUCGUGUGCAUGGCGUCACCGGCAACGACGCCACUGCCGUCGCAGUUGUGGCAAACCGACGGUACGACAACGCAAAAGGUCAACGCGGCGUUGACGCACCCCACCGCGCUGACACCGAUAAGCUCGCGGUUUCUGUUCUUCCAGGCGUCGACGCUUGCGUCCGGGUCGGAGCUCUAUCGCUAUGACGGCACGACCAUCUACGACCAAGAUCUCUCUCCUGGCAUUGGUAGCUCGUUUCCCGACGGAUUUACGAGCUUUGCGGGCCAAGUCUACUUUGCAGCGACGACGCCGACGACCGGCCGUGAGCUCUGGGUGACGUCGGUCUCGGGUGCGAGUCCAUGGGCCACCAACGUCGCCGCCGACAUUAACACCGGCGCGCUCUCGUCCCAUCCAACGGGGUUGACAGCGUGCGGUUCGCAACUGUUUUUUGCGGCCGACGACGGCGUCCACGGACGAGAACUCUAUACAUUCAACGGCGUCCAGGCGGCGCUCGUGACCGAUCUGCUUCCGGGCAGCACCGGCAGUGAUCCAAAGUACGUGACAUGCUACAAAGCCAAAGUCUAUUUUCAAGCUCUUGGGAGUACGGCGACCGGUGUCGAGCUGUACGUGUCGGAUGGCACAGCCGGCGGCACGAUGCUGCUAUUGGACAUUGCCCCCGGUGUCACGAGUUCAAGUCCGUCAUAUCUCUCGGUGCAGACGCAGACGCGCGGGGGUGCGGCCAUCUCAACGCUUGUGUUUUGCUCCACCACGGUGGCAUCGACAUGCCUCUGGUACGGCUCGGACGGCUCGGCGAUUGGCACCAAACCGCUCUGGAGCACGACGACUGCACUGGCAAUCAACCCAACGACGUUUCAAAUCGGCAACCUCGGUAGUACGAUGGUCUUUCCCCUAAUCUCGACAACCACGUCGGUGGCACCGGCACCACCAACGGCACAGCCAGUGGUGCAACUGAGCCUCAAUACGUCCAUCGGGAGCGUCCGACUGCAUGCCUCCGAGAACGUACAAGUACUGCACGACGGGUCGCUUGGGUUAUCGGGCUAUUGGGUGCUUCGAGGUGCCGUGUCCCAUCUCAAUACGGCACUUCAGACAAUGGUGUACCGCGCGCCGCUCAACUGGAACAGCAAAGCGCAGUUGACGGCAUCGGCGCCGUGGCGUGACGCGCCGCCGCUCGCGAUGUUAACGUUUACGUGGUCGGACAUUGCAACUGCCCUGACCGACACGGCAUCUGCGAUCAUAUUUGUUCAGCCAACGCCCGACCCGCCCGUGCUACUUGUCGCCCAAGCCACAACUAUACCAGGCACACACACGGCCGACAACCUCUCCCCGUUGCUGUCGACGGUACCGACUCUGAUGGUGCCGGAAGACGUGCCACGCAUCGUUUCCGGUCUCUCGAUCCGGGCGGUCGACUGUCUUUGCAUGGAUGGCAGCUACUGCGAGGAGUGUACUGUACUCGUAGCGAUCUCAGUUGCGCACGGCACCGUAUCGCUGCCGCCGACAAGCGGUGUCGCCUGGGCAGCAGCGACGGCACCGAGCACGUGGCAUCUCUCGGGCAAUGUCCCCUCCGUCAACCGCGCGCUGUCCCAAUUGUCGUACCAAGGCCAGAACAACUAUUACGGAACCGACGCGAUGGUUCUUGUUGUCUCGGUUCUUCAACCGCUCGCGAUUUCGGGGCUCGAGUCGACGGCCACCAUGCCCGUCGUUGUCACACCGGUCAACGACGUCCCGUACAUCGUCCUCGGUGCCGACUACUACGACACGAUUGAAGACGAGGCGCUUUUACUUCCUGGGUUUUACGCCGUCGACGCGGACAACGACAACGUCUCGGUCGCGCUCACCUUGGACGUCGGUGCGAUCUCCGUGGCACACAACGCCACCAUCGUCGCUGGCACCGGCAAUGGCGACACGACGCUCGUGCUGAACGGGUCGCUCUCGAUGGUCAACGCGGCGCUAUCAACGCUCACGUACAACCCACUGCGUCACUGGAACAGCGCAGUGGGCGACAGCUACGACACUCUGCAUUUGCGCAUCACCGACGUUGGCGGACUCGAUUCGUACUGGCAAGUCACGAUCUACGUGGCGCCGGCGCCUGACACGGUGCGCAUCUCAAUACCCACGGUAGCGUUUGGGACCGCGACACCGGCGGUCGCACCGUCGACACUGCUUUACACGAUGGAAGGUGCCGUGUUGCCCAUCGCCAAUUUGUCGCUCUCGUGCGUCGACGCCGUUGCAACCAACGUCGUCACGGCGACGCUACGCGUCGCGCACGGUGGCUUGAGCGUCGGUGUCACCAUCGGUGUCCAACGCACGUCGUCAACGCCGACGGUACUUCAACUCGUUGGCACGUACGCCCGAGUCAACGCAGCACUGGCAACGCUCGUGUAUGCACCAGCGACGUACUACAACGGCGCCGACCAGCUGACUGUGAGCGCGACAGCCUACGACGAGGCCAUGCCGGGUGCAUUCAGUCUCCCCGGGCAGCGUAUCGUCGCCAUCUCGGUGCUCCCCGUCAACAAUCCGCCGGUAUGGAGCCUCUCGGAGCAAACGUUUGUGCUCGACAAGUCGGUACUGCAGCAAAGUGUAGCGCUCGACCACCUAUCUUUCAUCGAUCCGGAUGCGCUCGACCAGGUACUCGAGCUGACACUGGAAGCCACCUUUGGGCAGUUGACGCUCAACCCGCAUGCCUCGAUUGCGCUUGUUGUCGGUGCCGCGGCCCAGAGUUCGUAUAUCGUUGUGCGGGGCACCCAGACGCAGCUCAACCUCGCGAUGUCGUCGCUGCAGUUUGAACUCGACUUGGCGGCGUACACGGGGGCAGAGGUGGCGACGGUGCAACCGCGGGUCGUCGCGACGAUCGACGACUUGGGCAAUUCUGGCGCCGGCGGCCCCAACGUCGUUCAGACGCGACUCUUUGUGCGGGUCACGUCGAUUCGAAACGCGGCGCCCGUCAUUACGCUCCCGGCACUGAGUAUUGCGAUCGAUGAAGACACACCGUACACGCUGCACGGCCUUGUGGUGACGGACGAUGACGCUGCCGACACCUUUGGCAGUGAGGUGCAGGUGACCUUAGCGUGUGAGCAUGGGCACUUUCAGCUUGACACGAGCACCGCCGGUCUCGACAUUCUCGAGGAGGAGCCCGGCCUCUUGCACGUCCAAGGGCCGUUGGAGCUCAUCAACUAUGCGCUCCAGCGUGCCACGUACGUCGGUGCCCUCAACUACUUUGGUCAAGACAGCAUCGUGGUGACGGCAAAUGAUCUCGGCAACACGGGCACGGGCGGUCCGCAGCAAGCAUCGGCGACGAUGGCGGUUGUCAUAACGUCCGUGUGCGAUCCUCCGACGUGGGCAUCGACGCCGCCGGCGCUCUUUUCGACGCCCGAAGAUACACCGUUGUUGCUUUCCGGCGCGUUGCGUCUUCAGGACGUCGACGCCAGUGUCAUGGACGUCGAUCGCGUCUUGACGCUGUCCAUCUCGGUGGCGGUCGGCGGCGUCCUACUGGCGACGCACGCAGGCCUGCAUGUGACAGCGUCAUCGACAAACGACGGCGUCGGGCAUCUCUAUUACUCGACGGCGACGAUCGCAGGCACGGUCGACGACCUGAAUGCAGCACUGCGCGGCCUGAUGUACCUUUCUCCUGCUGACUGGACCUCUGACAGUGGUGGCGGCAUCACGUACGACCGCGUGACGCUCGCGAUCCGCAGCAGUGCCUGUGCGUCAUCGAGCAGCAUCGUGCUACUGGUGAACGUGGCGUCCGUCAACGACGCCCCGCAGCUCGACCUGCCUUCCUGGGUCGCACCGGGUUUGCUGGACGCUGCUGUCGUCGUCGACGAGGAUACCGUCGUCGCCUUGGGUCCCAUCGGUGUGACCGAUGUCGACGCAACGACAUUGAUCGUUUCGGUGCAGUGCUCGAGCGGCAGCGUCGCUAUGCCUCUUGCGCCGCGCACCAUGUGGUUUCACGCCACCGGCAGCGCGCUCCUCUCCUUUCAAGGCACGGUGGAGGACGUCAACAUCGCACUCGCCGACGUGGCCUUUACGCCGGCGCCCUACUUUGUCGGACGGUCCCUCAUCGUGCUCAACGUCUCGGACGGCACGACGCUUAUGACGAGCGCGACGUUUACGGUGACGACGCAAGCCGUGGCGACGCCGGUGCAGAUCCUUGUGCCGGACGAACCGCCGGUGGCGAUGCGCAAUGCGACGACGCGUCUCGGCAACGUCUACCUCCCGACGACCAUCACUGCAUUGCAUCUCCCGCCGCCGUCGUUCACGCUCUUUCAAAGCUCCAUGGUGCAGCCCGACACGAAAGCUAAUGCUACCGACGUGAGCACGACGUGGCGGAGUGCCGAGGCGAGCGCAGAGGUUGUGUCCCCCACGCACUUUGCGACGUUCCAGGGGCGGCUUGUGUUUCAGGCGACGACGCCAGCCGCCGGCACCGAGCUCAUGCAGACGUCGGGUGGGGUCACGACACUGCUCGCGGAUCUCUACCCCGGGCCAUUGAGCGGCAACCCCACCGAAAUGGUCGUCUUCUCGGUCGACGGCAACCUCUACUUUGCCGCCGAUGGCAUCGACACGUCGUGGCGCCUGCCGCCGUCGCACACUGACACCUGCGGAGGCCUCCGUCGCAGCUCCGUGUCACCGACCGUUGCCUUUGUCGUCGCCGAUGCCAACACGUGGCACCCCACCGCGGUGUACGACUGUCCAACCGGUUAUGCGUGGGCGACCACAGCGCAAGGCCAAGCACUCUUCGUCGGCACGCAAGGUGCGAAUGGAUCGCUGGCCGAGCCAUUGACGUACUAUGACCAAUGCGGCUGGGACGGGUACACCUACGGGGGUCGCACCCGCCACUGCUUUUGGUUUGCCGACUCGGGGACCACGGGCGCCUGCAAGCACGCGGGCCAGCGCGACUCGUUCCGCAUUGAAUUCGAUGCGUCGACGACCAAUUUUGCCGGAAUAGUAUGCGUAGCAACGCCGUCGACACCGACGCGUGGGCGCGAACUCUGGCGCACCGACGGUGUCGUGACAUCGCGCGUCACGGACAUUGCGAUCGGUUCGGACAGCGCCAACCCUACGUACCUCACCGAGUACAACGGUCAGCUCUACUUCCAGGCGUCGACGUCCGACCUCGGCGCGGAGCUCUACACGUUUGACGGCACGCGAGCAACGAUCGUAUCUGAUAUCGUACGGGGGAGUCGCAGCAGCCACCCGCGGUGUCUCACCGUGUACGGCGGCGCCUUGUUCUUUACCGCCGACUCGGACGUCUUUGGCGCCGAAUUGUGGACGUUUGACGGGACCAACGCGCUUCUUGUGCACGACAUCUGCACCGGCGUCUGCGCGUCAUCACCGACGUCGCUUGUGGCGUUGCCCAACUGGCUUCUCUUCCAAGCCGACGACGGUGUUCACGGCCCCGAGCUUUGGAAAACCAACGGCGUGAGCACGAUGCUGCUGCUGGACAUUUACUUGGGCCCGACCGGAUCCCUGCCGUCGAUGCUCACUCGUUUUGGCACUAGUGUCUAUUUCGCAGCCAACGACGGUGUCCACGGCACCGAGCUCUGGGUCACGGACGGCAAUAGCGCAAAUAUGCUCGUCGAUCUCGUACCUGGGGCAACGUCGUCGUCGCCGCAGUACUUCACCGUGGCGUCGGCGGGCCUUCGCAACACGCUGUCGGUGUCGCCGGCUUUGUACUUUGCCGCCACCACCGCCGACGGUCAAAGGACGCUGUAUGCAUCCGACGGUUCGAUCGGCGGGACCAAAUGGGUCACGGCACCGGUGGCGAUCGACGACGCGGCGCUGCAAGCGAUGCCGCGACCGGCAUUUGGACUCGCGCAGUCGACGCUCUUUUACCCGGGGAGGAGUCCGCAACUGGCGUGGGCUUCCGUGUGGAACGGCAAGCAGCCAUUUGUGCCGCUUGCCCGCUCGCAAUCCGUCUACCUCGUGGACGUCGACCAGUCGACAGCGCUGGCGACCGUGUCGAUGUCGGUAUCUUUUGGCCAAAUUGUCAUCGCCACGACCGCAACCCGUGUCACGUUUGUCGUCGGCUCCAACGGUGUGCCAAGCCAGAUGCUGACGCUGCAAGGCGCGGUGCCGGACCUCAACCUUGCGCUUCGCGACAUCUUGUAUGUGGCCUCCGCCACGUCGACCGGUGACGACACGGUCGCUCUCUCGGUCGCACGGCAAGGCGAUUGGUUGGCCCCGAGCACCGCGUCGUUUCCGGUGCGUCUUGUGUCAACCUAGUCCCUACACACAAGAUUAUUUGCCC